AUGUUUACACCUGUGGAGACCACCAUUGGUGCUCUGCUGAUACAUCAGGCAACCAGUAACCUCCUUUAUCAAAACGGGAAUAUAUUGGGAGUUUCAGGAUUUUUACGACGAGUCUUCUCUACGCCAACGAAAGAGACGGUGGCUUUUUUUGUGGGAAUGGCCGCAAGUCAUCUGCCGCUGAAAGCCCUCGCUCCUCAACUCAUCACGAGUUACCCUCCAGUUCCGAACACAAUACGAGGAAUCUUGGCUACAUUGGGUGUUGGGAUUGCAGUGGGAUGGGGUACAAAGGUAUCAAACGGAUGCACUUCUGGACACAUGCUCUGUGGUCUUCCAAGACUGAGUGGACGAUCCGCUGCUGCAGUUGCGACGUUCUUCCCCAUAGCUGUACUCACACACCAUUUCGUCAAUCCAACGCUAUACACCCAAGUUUGUUCAGGCGACCAGCCAUGCUAUACGCCCGUCUACCCUUCGGCAUCGGCAACAGCAUCCCUCGUGCUCCUCGCGGCACUCAGCAUGCUCGCUGCCAGAACAAUACCCUCUUUGAUGUCCAAAACGACAACGACCUCUACGAACGAGCUAAAACGAUCCGGUAUAUCUACCCCAUCCGCCCGUGAAGCAACGCAGUUCUUUUCCGGCCUCCUCUUCGCCCUUGGCUUACAGGUUUCUCAAAUGUCGCAUUCCGCAAAAGUUAGCUCGUUCUUCUCUUUCCCUGUUAUGCAAUACUGGGAUCCCUCACUGGUUCUAGUAAUCCUUUUCGGCAUGUUGCCGAGUCUGUUCGAGAUACGACGCAAGGGCUUCAGCAGUUCACCGUCGUUCGCAAAGGGCUUCUCGCUGCCGAAAAAGACGUUCAAGGACGUUGAUGCGAGGUUUUUGGCGGGCGCUGCGACGUUUGGCGUGGCAUUUGGGUUGACAGGUGCGUGUCCAGGACCAGCGGUUCUGAGAGCGUUUGCGCAACCGGUCUGGGGAGCCUUGUGGAUGGGUGGGUUCUGGGUUGGAGGUAUGUUGUAG